AUGGCGGUCGGGGACGCGCUGCGCCGGCUCUGCGAGGAGGUCGGCUGGUCCUACGCCGUCUUCUGGAAGGCCAUCGGCGCCGCCGACCCUGUGCAUUUGGUGUGGGAGGACGGUUGCUGCGGCCACGCGUCAUGCUCCGCCGGAUCUGAGGCUCCUGAAUCUGGGUGUGAACCGGGCACCAGUGUGUGCACGCUUGUUAGGAAGGUCAUGGCCUCGCAGAUUCAUGUCGUUGGUGAAGGUACCAUUGGCCGUGCUGCUUUCACUGGGAAUCAUCAAUGGAUUGUCCAUGAUCCUGCUGCCAAUGAUCACAAUCUCAGACCCGAGCUUGCCGCUGAGAUGAAUCAUCAGUUUGCAGCUGGCAUUCAGACUAUUGCAAUUAUUCCUGUGUUACCACGAGGUGUACUGCAGCUAGGCUCUACAAGUGUGGUAGUGGAAAAUACCAACCUUGUGCUCCAGUAUAAGAAGCUAUGUUCUCAGCUGAACAAUCGGUCGAGUAUGGCUUCAUCAUCAUCUGUUAAAAAUGAUUUGAACCAGAAAGUUCAGUCACGCCCUUUGAAUGGCCCCACAAGUAUAUACCCUGCAGAUACACGCUCAAAGUUUUUAAAUGGAUCCCCAAUGAGAUAUCAACAAUGUUAUGGUCCUGAUGGCACAACUGUCUCUAGUAGUACAUUGGCAAACAUGGGCAGUAAUGCUUCAAUGCUUAUGGUUGCACAAAGAAAUGGCCAAGUGGGUAAAGAACACAUUCUAUAUGCUCCUGACAUGAGGUUCAGCCCGCAAAACCCUUACUGUGACAGGAGAGUUCAGAGUAACACCCAAAGUAGUGCUGUGAGCUCUGGUUUUAUCUCGUCUAUCUCAGCAUCAAUGGAAAGGCAUCCAUUGAUGACCAACAGUCAACAGUUAGAACAAGGAAACACUGGAGAACCAUCAUAUCCCAGAAAUGUUCUCUUGAAAUCUCUUGCAUACCGUAACCCUUUAGUCCAUGAAAACACAAACAUGACUUUGUUGCAUGACAGAGGCCAGGUGCCAGGUUUUGUUAAUGGUCAUGGGGGUUUUGAUUUUCUCCCAGAAGAAAGUGAUUUGUUUGACAUGUUUGGUUCCGAAUUUCAUCAUUUGUGCCGCAAUGUGGAUAAUGAUCUUACCUGGAAAGCUGCAAAACCGAGUUCAAAUAGAGAUGUACCUGAAUCCUCUGUUCAUCUUGGUUCCUCUCCAGCCUUCAAUUCAGUGGAUGACGAGUUCCCUUAUUCUGGGAUCUUCUCACUGACUGAUACCGACCAACUGUUGGAUGCAGUUGUCUCCAAUUCCAAUCCUGGUGGCAAGCAGAUCUCUGGUGACAGUGCUUCUUGCAAGACUUCAGUGACAGAUAUUCCUAGCACUUCGUAUUGUCGCUUAAAAGAGCCAAGGAAGUCUGAAUCAUCUGGUGCUCCUCUGCUAAUCAAGAAUGAGUUAGCCGUUUCAAAUUUUGUUAAACAGACAUCUUUCCCAGAAAAGGCAGAGGAUGGCUGUCUUUCUCAAAAUAAUGCAAUACAGAAAUCUCAGAUACGCCUCUGGAUUGAGAGCGGACAGAACAUGAAAUGUGAAAGAGAGAAUCCUAAGCCACGACCAAAGGACCGCCAGCUUAUUCAGGAUCGUAUAAAGGAGCUCCGGGAACUCGUACCUAAUGGGGCAAAGUGUAGCAUUGAUGCAUUGUUGGAGAAGACCAUUAAGCACAUGCUUUUCUUGCAAAGUGUGACAAAGCAUGCAGAUAACCUCAAGGACUCAAAUGAAUCUAAGAUUCUUGGUGGUGAGAAUGGUCCACUUAAAGACUACUUGAAGGUGGUGCCACUUGGGCCUUUGAUGUUGAUGCUUUGUGAGGAUAGAGGUAUCUUCUUGGAGAUAGCUGACUUUAUUAAAGGACUAGGAUUAACCAUCUUAAGAGGCGUUAUGGAAGCACAAAAAAAUAAAAUCUGGGCACGGUUCACUGUUGAGGCCAACAGGGAUGUGACUAGAAUGGAAAUCUUCCUUUCCCUAAUGCGCUUGCUGGAACCGAGUUGUGAUGGCGGUGGAGCAGGAGAGAAUCCUAAUAACAACACAAAAAUGCCUCUUGGGAUUGUGCGGUAUCCCGUGAUCCCUGCGACAGGUCAUCUUAGGUGA